AUGGCGGCCGUCUUCGCGUCGCGCAAGCGCUGCACCAGCGCGUUUCUCGACGAGCCGGUCCCGGCGCCACCCCACCUCGCGAAGCGCGGACGGUUCUCGCCCGCGCCGGCGGCCUAUCUGCAGCAGGAGGCGGCGUCCCGUGUCUCCAGCGCGGCGGCGCGCGCCAACGGCGACGGCAUGGAGGAGUGCGCGGGCGUUCUUGUCGAUCAGAUGUCCGCGGCCGCCGACUUGGCGGACGCCAGGGCCCGCGCGUCGGCGAUCCUGAAGCUGAUCGAGGCCGCCGUCACCAAGCGCGCGGCGGUGGCACUGCGGGAGGAGAACUGCGGGAGGAGAACGGAGGCGCUGGAGCGCGGCGUGGCGGAGCAGCAUAGGCGGCAGGAGGCUCUGGAGCGCGACAACGGGGUGCUCAAGCACGGGGUGGCGGCGCUCCACCGGCGCGAGGAGGCGGCGCAGCGCGCCGCGGCGGAGUCGAAGGCGCGCGAGGAGGAGGCCAAGCGUGUGGCGGCGGAGCUGAGGAAGAAGGUGGCGGAGCUGGAGGCGGCCAACUACGCGCUCGCCGCCCGGAUGCUCGGCACCGACAGCUGCCGCUUCCAGGCGUUCCACGGGCCCGACGUGUUCUGA